UUGGUUUGGGUGCCCAAAAGAAAGAAAAAAGCCCAGAUCGGUGUCUACAAUCAAUCAUCAUAUAUAAACCAAAAAAACAACACAAGAGAGGGCGUCUGUCCUGUUUUCCUUCUUCUUCAUCAUCAUCAUCAACGAUAAUUUCAACUAUGGCAAGCAAUCAUGGUGGUAAAGAUGCUAUGGAUGUUGAAAGCAGUGAGGGUAAUAAUACCCAAACCACUGUUGAGAUAAAGAUAAAGACUUUGGAUUCCCAAACAUACACUCUGCGAGUAGAUAAAUGCGUACCCGUUCCUGCACUAAAGGAACAGAUUGCUUCUGUUACUGGUGUAGUAUCUGAGCAGCAGCGUUUAAUAUGUCGUGGCAAAGUUCUUAAGGAUGACCAGCUUCUUUCAGCUUACCAUGUGGAAGAUGGUCACACACUGCACUUGGUUGCCCGGCAGCCGAUUAGCCCAUUAAUAGAUCAUGCAGCCAGUGAUCCAGCAUCAAGUACUAGACAAUCUAUGGGUAGCCAACAUGGGCCUAGUGUAGUGCUUGGGACGUUUAAUAUAUCUGAACAAGGUGAUGGCAGUGUUCCGGAUUUAAGUCGGAUUGUUUCUGCGGUCCUUCGUUCCAUUGGAGCUGCAAAUGCCUCAGGUGGUGGUGAAUCUGUCAGUUUGCAACAACACAUAUCUGAAAGCCUUUCACGUAUACCUGGUCUAAACGAAAUAAGAAGUUCCAGCGGACAACCUGAAGAAGCUUCUUUUACACUUCCAGCUGAUGUUUCAUUGGAAUCUUUGCAGCUCCCUGUUAUUCCUGAUUCUUUGAGUACAUUGUCCCAGUAUUUAAGACGUUUGAGGAAUGAGUUCAAUGAAAAUGUUGGACUACAGGGCAACACUUCUCAGUCUCUUGGUGGCGGGAGUGUUGGAGAAGAUUCACAUGCUGCUCCACAUUUAGCCGCUGGCCUGGGAUGUUUACCUACACCAGCCUCCCUGGGUGAAGUGACCCAGUCUACCAGACAAUUGCUAAUUGAACAAGUUGGAGAAUGCUUGGUGAAUUUGACGAGACAAUUAGGGGAUCAAACAAAUGUCAACAAUCCAAUGAUACGAGUUCAGAUGCAGUCAUAUGCUUUGAGGACAGGUGCUCUUUUGCAAAAUCUGGGUGCUUUUCUGCUGGAGCUUGGCCGCACCACUAUGACACUUCGAUUGGGACAGUCUCCGACUAAUGCCGUGGUCAAUGCUGGACCUGCCGUCUUCAUAUCCACAUCUGGUCCUAAUCCCAUUAUGGUUCAGCCUCUACCCUUUCAACCGGGAACUAGUUUUGGAACAACUCCUAUGGGUGCAGGCACUAGUUUUCCUGUUGGUUCUGGUUUACGUUCUAGGAAUAUUGAUAUCAGAAUACGUACAGGUUCGGUGUUGGCCUCAGGUGUUGAUCAAAGAGAUGCACAUGAUGGAGAGCGCCCAGCAACUGAAUCAGCAGCUUCCGAUGGUGGAGUUUCAAAUAAUCAAGCUUCUCGUAGAACUUUGCCUCAGAGCAGGGGUGGUUCUGAUGUGCGGGUAGUUCCCAUUAGGAUAUCUUCUCUGCCUCUUGGACUUGCACCAUCUGGAUCAACUCGAACUUCUAUGAGUGUAGUAUAUCCAGUGCUAGCACGAGCUCAGCAUGUUGAUUCUGGAAAUGUUAAUGGCAUUAACGGCCGCGCAUCAAAUGGAACUCACACUGAAAAUAGAGCACAUGUAGUCUUUAAUUCUGCCGCUCAGCAACAACCUCCUGAAGUUCCUGGACUUACUGGCUCGUCUCAUGGUACAAUGCAUAAUGGUGAUAGUUUUUCUACAGAGGUUCCCCAUGGACUUCAUCAACUGCUGAGAAACUUCUUUCCUGGGGAGUCGAUUGAGGCCACCGACAUCAUCUUUGAGGGAGUGAGCAGUGAACCUGUUGGAACUGCUCAAACAGCUGUCAAUUCUCAAGAAACAUCGACGGUUACUGAUCAAGGAACAUUUUUGGCUAAUUUGCUGCACCAGAUAAUGCCUGUUGUGUCUCAGCACAUCAAUGGUGUAAAUGAUGGUUCAUCUGUACCAAGUGUUGAUGCAGAAAAUGGAGCUACACAACCUUCUUCAAACGUUGAAGAGAGCCAAGGUAGAGGUGCAUCUUCUCGACAUCCAGGUGGCCCUUCAUCUUCUCCAACACCCAAACGGCGAAAGACAGAAUAAGUAAUCGCAAGGCAUGUCGCCAUCCUCUGUUUCUAUGGCGGAUACCAUGGUCUGCAUAGCUAAUUUGGCUUGACCGGAUUUCAGUUGGCUGCUGAUGGGUUAUGCAGCGAUAGACAACAAAUGUGUGAUCAAUACAUAUAGUCCUUCCCUUGGACAUCUCUGAAUCCUGUCUACAAGGCAAUCUUUUUGGGUUGAGUAAACAAUUGCAUAGUAAAACUUUGUUGAAUGUCUCAUCAUUUUAUUUAUAUAUAAUGUCCAGAGAAAUUUUAUUUGCCUAACUUUUGUGCUAAGAAUCUGAGGGCAAUUGGAACAUGUGCAUUUACAUGAUCCUUCCUGGGAAUGGCUAUUUAUGUAUAAUGUGACUUAUCAUGGUCGAACUAUUGGGGUAUAUAUCAUUAGUAUUCUCAUUUGAUAGCACA